AUGUUGUCAUCUAUUGAACCUAAAUCCUACUAUGAGCCUAAGAAGAUUGAGGAUUGGGUUGUAGCCAUACAAGAAGAGCUGAAUCAAAUUAAUAAGAAUGAUACUUGGACACUGGUACCUAGACCUACAAACAAAAAUGUUAUUGGCUCUAAAUGGAUUUACAGAAAUAAGAUGAAUGAAAAAGGAGCUGUGAUUAGGAAUAAAGCAAGGUAUUUCUUAGGACUUCAAAUUGCUCAAACAUCCAAAGGAAUUUUUAUUUCACAACAGAAAUAUGCCUCAGAAUUACUCAAGAAGUUCAACAUGAAUGAUAGCAAGGCUGUUUCAACACCAUUGUGUCCAAAUACUAAACUGUCACUUGAUUGUACCUCAGAAGCAGUUCCAUCCACACUUUAUAGAUUUAUCAUUGGCAGUCUACUCUAUCUUACAGCUUCCAAACCUGAUAUCAUGUACUUUGUAGGAUUGGUAGCCAGAUUUCAAAGUAAUCCUAAAAUGUCUCAUCUCCAGGCUGCCAAACGCAUUCUCAGAUAUGUUAAGGGCACAAUCUUUUAUGGUCUACAUUACAUUUUUUUUUCUCCAACAAUGACUAUAGCUGCAUUUUCAGAUGCUGAUUGGGGUAGAUCAUUACCUGACAGAAAAAGUACUUCUGGCUGUUGUUAUAUUCUUGGCUCUAAUGUAGUUUCUUGGCUUAGCAAAAAACAAAACACAGUCUCUCUCUCCACCUCAGAAGCUGAGUAUAUUGUUGCCUCUCAAGCUGGUUCACAAUUACUUUGGAUGCAGUCUACUCUGACAGAUCUUGGCCUUCACUUCUCCAUGCUUCCCAAGCUCUUUUGUGACAAUCAAAGUGCUAUUGCCAUUAGUAAAAAUCCUACAUUGCAUUGGAAAAGCAAGUAUAUAGAUAUCAGGUAUCAUUUUCUCAGAGACAAGGUUCAAAAAGGGCUUCUUGAUAUUACUUAUCUACCAACAGUAGAUCAAAUUGCAGACAUCAUGACUAAGCCUCUUCUUCCUCACAGAUUUUCAACCCUUUGA